AUGGCUCGUUGUGGUGUUGGCCCUGGCAGUGAAACACAGAUAACCCACACGCCUUUGACUGUCAAUGACCCCAUUCAUGGUCACAUUGCCCUGCAUCCUCUGAUGGUCAAGAUCAUGGACACCCCACAGUUUCAGAGACUCAGACAUCUCAAGCAGCUUGGGGGAACGUACCUGGUCUACCCUGGAGCUUCACACAACCGCUUCGAGCACUGUGUUGGUGUGGCGCAUUUAGCCGGAUGCCUGGUCAAGAGUCUUCAUGACAAUCAGCCGGAGCUCAAAAUCACCAAACAGGAUUUUCUGUGUGUUCAGAUCGCUGGUCUGUGCCAUGAUUUGGGUCAUGGUCCACUUUCUCAUGCUUUUGAUGGCCUGUUUAUGUCUAAAGUCAAAGAAUUGAAAACAUCACAAAACUUACCUGUUGAUGAACAUUGGACGCAUGAGGAGAUGUCAGUACAGAUGUUUGACAGCAUUGUGAAUGAUCUGAAGACUAAGGAUGAAAAGGUGUUGGCGGAGCAUGGACUCGAUGAUAAAGACGUCACUUUCAUUAAAGAGUUAAUCAACAGGAAAAUAACACCAACUGAGAGGAGAGAUAAAGAUAAAUCGUUUCUAUAUGAGAUUGUGGCAAAUGAAGAGAACGGCAUUGAUGUGGACAAAUGGGACUAUUUUGCACGAGAUUGUCAUCACCUCGGCAUUCCAAACAACUUUGACCAUCUGCGUCUGCUGAAAUCUGCACGAGUCUGUGAUGUUGAGGAAAAAGAUGGGACAAAAAAACACAUCUGCUUCAGGGAAAAGGAGGCUAAUAAUAUCUAUGAGAUGUUUCGCACCCGAUACACACUCCAUCGCCAGGCCUAUCAACACAAGAUCGGGAAUAUCAUUGAAGACAUGUUUGCAGAUGCCCUCCUAAAAGCUGACCGUGACCUUCCUGGAGGCAAACCUGACAUGUUUACAAUUUCUAAAGCCAUUGAAAGGCCAGGCGACUUCAUCAAACUCACAGAUGGGAUUUUUGAGCAGAUCUCAUCUUCCACUUCGGAGAACCUGAGCGAAUCUAAAAAAAUCCUGGAACAAAUAGCCAAAAGGGAACUUCCAAAGUUUGUGGGAGAAGCUCGACUGGAAGAAAACAAACUCAUGAUGAGUUCAGAGCAAAGAUGCAACAAAGCAAUUGAGGAUGUGUUGACCACAAAAUGGAAGGAGGCAGUGCGAAAUUACAAGCCCACUAACCCUGAGGAUUUCUUAGUUUAUGUUGUUGAUCUGAGUCAUGGGAUAAAGGGCAAACAACCCUUUGAAAAUAUUUAUUUCUACAGCAAAUGGGACAACAAAAAUGCCUUUGCCAUUAAGGAUUAUCAGAGAUCUAGUUUCGUGCCAGAAACCUUCCGUGAAAAGCUUGUUAGGGUGUACUACAAGAAAACGAUGGACAGAAAUGUGAUGGAGGACGUGGUGAAGUGUUUUUAUCAGUGGUGUGACUUGGGAUUCCCAAGCAACGUUUGAUAUGUUGAAUACAACAUUUAUGAUAGACAUCCUAUGAUAAAUGAUGUUCCAUCGGUACACAUCAGUAGUCGUGCUUAAAUAGAGAGGCAUACCCAGCCUGAUCUCACGAGAAAACAUAAAUAUUUUACGUUUUGACAGUUUAGUGGCUAAUUCGUACGAGUUCAGUCAUACGAAAUUGUACGAUUUUAAAAAAGGAGGCGUGGCACCUAACCCCACCCCUAAACCCAACCGUCAUUGGGGGAUGAGCAAAUCGUACUAAAUUGUACGAGUUAGAUUGUACGAAUUCAUACCAAUUAGCCACUAAACGAAUUGCCAUGAGAUUGUGUUGGCAUACCACAUUAAGCGUGACCUCCUAUAAUCAUAUAAAGGCUCAUGUUUCAUUACAAAAGUAAUGAUAUUUAAUGAAUUUUCACCAAUGUUCACCAAGCCUGCAAUUAUUUAAUCCAAAGCAAAGCAAAACGGUUUAAAAAUCUCUUAUUUAAACUAAGCUUUCUUUUUUAAUCGAUUUUUAAAAUCUAAUUUAUGACAGCUGAUUAUAUAAUUUAUUUGCUCCGCUAUAUUCGCUUGCUGUUAUUCCAUCAGUGUGAUGUGAUGUUUGUCUCCAGUUAAUGAUUGACUAUAGAGGAUGGUGACGGGUUGUGUUAUACUGUACUGUAACAGCUUUGUUUGGUGAUUGAUUACUAGUAAAUGUUGAGUGAUUUUAUAUCCAGUCAUUUCUGUGGGUGUGUGGCGAUCUACUUAA